UACAUGGUAUCAGCGUUUAGGUUCCUUACCUCUUUCCGAUCCGAUUUUCUCUUCCUCUGCUGUUCUUCCUAAUCAGCGCCUCCCCUCCCUCCCUCAUGGCCACCACCACUGCUUCUUCCUCAUCUCCGAAUACUUCCAGCUUUAUCAAACUCACUGAAACCAAUUAACUAUCUGGUUUAGCUUCGGCAGCUCAAACCUUACCUCAAUGGCAAUGAUCUGUGGUGAUAUGUUGACGGUUCCAAACCUGCUCCCCCACCUACCAUCAUGUCCACUCCCUCUGAAGGCCAAACUGCUUGUUAGCAGUAUAAUAUCACACAUUAGAUAUCACACGUGUCAUCAAUCUGUAAAUCCUAGCUCUAGUAUAAAUAGCUGUACUUGCUCAGCUCCCUCAUGUAGUUCGAUCCAUCAUUUUCUAAUUCCAGUUUCUAUUUUUCUCCCUUUUCUUGAUUUUCUUUACAAAGCUAUCAUGGUACCAGAGCUCAGGUCGAUCAGUGACCGCAAUUUCAUCAAUUUCUCAGAGAUUCAAGCACAGAUUCAAGUUUCUAUACACUCGAUCUUGUUCAUCCUCGAUUUUCAGCAGCAACAGAUAUGUUUUUCAUCUUCAAUUUGAUCCAGUAGCCUUUUUCUUUUAGUUUCUUGAAAUUUCUCUUCCGAUUUGCAUCAUCGAAGUCCAGAUCUACUAUAAUUAGCACUCGAUUUCAGUUUUGGAAGCUAGUUCUUCAUUAUCAAGUUCAGAAACUCAGAUUUGUUCAAGAUUCACUAAAAUUUGUUGAGAAUUAGUACUGCUGUACAUCUUUGAAGCUCAGAUUUGUCAUAAUCAUCGUUCGAUUUCACUAUUGUAGCUACUCACAAGCUCAGAGAAGUAAAAGUUUUGUUGAAACCCUAGCUUCUUUGAUUGAAGAAAUUCAAGACUCAGAUUUGUAGUUUACUUCUUUGUCAAGAGAUAAUUGACAUCAUAUAUACUCAGAUAUAGUGCAAGCUCUCAGAUCAUUUCCUGUGUUCGAUUUGGUUUUUUCCUUGAAGUUGUUCAUCUCAGCAUACAAUUUUUUGGUUCGCUUUUAGCCUCUACCUUGCUCAUUUGUACUCUGAUUUUCAGAAAUUUGGGGAGUUUGAUUGAUAGUGUGACAAUUUAUAAGAACGUUUCUGAACUCUCAGAAUUUGGGGAUAAUUGAAGCAAUUCAGUUUUACUGGUUUUCUUGUGAAGAAGUUGAAGGUUUGGAAAUUGGCUAUUUCCAGAUUUAUCUGUUUGGUUUUCUUGUGAGGAAAGUAUCUAGUACUAGUAUUCGGUUCUGUGUUUCUUAUUAACUCUGCUCUCAAAAUCAUGAAUACCAGUCGAUUGGAUAAUUGUCUCCUCUCCAACUUCUGCAAUCUCAUCACCGUGCAGUUAGAUGAUACUAACUAUGUGACUUGGAGAUUUGUGCUAGAGUCUAUGUUGGUAGGGUGUGAUCUUAUGGGGUAUAUUGAUGGAUCUAUUCCUUGUCCUCCACAAUAUAAAAUCACAAAAGAGACUGGUAUUACCCCUAAGGUUACAGAAGAGUAUAAAGAAUGGAGGAAGCAUGAUUCUGCUGUAAUGACUCUACUCACUAGUACUUUGUCAUCUGAUGCUCUUUCUUUUAUUGUUGGGAGCAAAACCUCAAAAGAAGUCUGGUCUUCACUUUAUGAGAGGUAUGCUAAACUUUCAAAGUUCAAAGCUUUCGAGCUCCAGGCCUCAAUGCAGAAAAUUUGGAAAGGUAAAGAUAGUAUUGACAAGUAUAUGGAACGUUUUAAAAUUGUUCGGGACCAACUCUCUGCUUCUGGAGUUUUCAUUCCUGAUGAAGAUAUAGUGUUUCUGAUCCUAAAUGGAUUGCCUGUUGACUUUGCGGCCAUUAAGACUGUCAUCAGAGUUCGAACAACGCCAAUAUCUCUAAGCGAGCUUCGCACAAUGUUAUUGGAUGUUGAGUCCGAUAUUGUUCAAGAAUCAAGAUCAUUUGCUGCUGCUUCCAUGCUCCAACACAAAGCACUGCCAUCGUCUUCUCUUACAGCUAUGAUUGCACAAAAUAUUCUUGCCAAUUCAUCUCAAAGUAUGCAAUAUGGGAUACCAAGUACAGAGCCAUCAUCUCAAGCAAUCUUUCCAUCCCAUUAUACUGGAUAUUCUUCAAUGACACAUUCUCUACAAACUGCUGCAUCAAAUGUUGGUUUCUUGCCUAAUGUUACCAAUACUAAUCUGAUUCCAGGUAUACCUUCUUAUAACCAUUACAAUACAUCAUCUCGUGCCUCCAAUGUUCAUCAUUAUAAUGCUACACCACCUAGCUCUACUACACAUUUUGGGAUACCACAUAAUAGCAUGAUAUCGAGUUCAGCUUUUAGUAUACCUAAUGCUCCUCCAAAUUGUCAAGUCCUGCUCCCAUUCACUACCAAUGUUGGUGUUCCACAGUCAGUGCCUAAUUCUGGAUAUAUACUGCAUAAUAAUGUUGGAAAUGAAAAUUACUUUUCAUCAUCUGCUCCCUCUUAUGGUUAUGCACCUCAAAAUGGUUCUAGCACUUCAUAUGUUCAACAGUUCAAUCUUAAUCACAGUGGAGCUCAACAACAUGGAAACUUCUCUCAACAAAAUGUGCAACCUGGUACAUUCAACAAUAGUUCUCAGCAAAAUAAUGGCUUUUCUCGUAAGGAGAAAUUUUCUUCACAGGCCAUGCCUUGCUCUGCAUCAUUGUCUGCUCUCAGAAAUGCAGCCUCUGUGUCUUCUGCAAAUAAAAUUUCCACACCUGCCCAGGCUCAAGAUGGCAAUAACUCUUAUGUCACUACUGAACUUCAAGGAAAUGAGAAUUUGAAAACUGAUGUCGAAAAGAUAGUUCAAGAUAAUUUUGUUUGUGAAACUGAUAUGGAUGUUGGGGUUGUUGCUGAAAAUUUCAGUAAGAGUUGUCAAGAAGUUGUUAAGGGUGUUGAUGGGGAUGACAGCAAGAAGGAGGACAUAAGAACGGACAAAAUAUAUGUGUAUAGCAGGUCUAUGAACAAAGUAGAUACCAAGGAAGCUGAGGGUAGUUUGCAGCAUGCUCUCCUCAAGAAAAUCGAAGCUUUGCCAACACUAGGAACUUGGCUCCUUCCUUCCAUUCCGGACAGAAAUCUAUUGAAUUGUAGACAAGCUUGUGAGUCUACGAAUUUGUGGCGAUUACUUCCUCUCAUUCCUCCUGGUUGACACAAGUUGCUGCACGCUUCUAUAUCCUGGCUUUAGUACUCAUGUCAGCUUGAAGAUUGUAUCCAAUCAUCAAGCUGAGGGAGGGUGUUAGCAGUAUAAUAUCACACAUUAGAUAUCACACGUGUCAUCAAUCUGUAAAUCCUAGCUCUAGUAUAAAUAGCUGUACUUGCUCAGCUCCCUCAUGUAGUUCGAUCCAUCAUUUUCUAAUUCCAGUUUCUAUUUUUCUCCCUUUUCUUGAUUUUCUUUACAAAGCUAUCACUGCUGUCCCUAUCCCCAACCCAGCCUACACCAAAUGGUUCAAAGAAGACCAAAUCAUUGUCAGCAUUCUCACCACCACUCUCACUGAAAAUAUUGCCCAGCUGACCAUUGGUUUCGAGACAUCCAAGGAUAUUUGGGAUUGUCUUCAGCGCCAUUUUUCCCAAAAGUCUGUUGCCAGUGCCUCUACCCUCAAAAUGCAGCUUCUUGAUCUCCAGAAAGGCAGGUGACGAAAUUAUAGUUGCAGUUCCCGACUUCCUGUUAUUAGUAACAUCUUGUAUGUUUAUAAGGAGGCUUUCGCUCAACUGUUCUACAAGAGAUGCAAAACAGUUUCCUGGUAAUUCAGCUCCCUUUCCCCUGAAGAUAAUACAGGGUUGAUCAACACCUUUCUAUUAUUUGGUUUGGCUGUUUGCAAGUUAUUCGAGGUUAAAGGAACACUGCAAAUGAUUAAAUAUACAUCAACUUACACGUGAGUUUCAGACUUCAUAAGCCAUUGCCCAUUGAUGCUAGUACUAUCAGUCCAUAUUUCUGCGGCUUGUCAGAAAAUCUGCCAGGAGGUGAGUCUCUUCCUUAAUGCCAAGUCAAGAUGAUCAGGAAAAAGGUGUCCCAAGUGUCCUCCAGAGUGUUUCAGGAAAGCAUUUUAACAGUUUGCACUCAAAGCAGCUGGACACGAUUUUCUCUAUCUUUGUUAUCAUAUAUUUUGUUGACAACGUUAAAAAUUGGGAUGUGUUGGACUACAAAGCAAAUUAGCCAUCAAAUCUGAGAGCUGAAUCCUACGUUUUAAGGAGAUUCAAUUCCCCGCUUUGAGGAACUCCCUCCCCAUAAAUAGGAGGACUAAAUUCCAUUCACUUCUUACUUUGCUUUGCUUCUUAUUUUAUUCAUAGUGAAACCAGUAGCAAACAACAGUGACGUAACCCAAAACUUUAAAGAGAUUUGGGUGACAUAUAAAUCUCGUGUUUUCAUGGGUGCCAAACUGCCAACUGUGAUCGUCUACAACCUCACAGUUGCUUGUAUUUUAGAAUCGUCAUAGUAAGGUUCUGUAUUAUAAGUUUUUCUUUUCCCUUGCUUAUCAGGGAGUUUGUUGGCAGUGUGGAAUAUUUGGUUCUGUUGUACAGAAGAAACUUUUAUC